GUUUGAUCCGGAUCCAAAAGCAGCCGCGGACUCCCCGGUGGAUCGGACGCAGAAGCCGCGGAUCGGGUUCGGCGGUGCUCCUCCGGUUUUUUGGCUGAUUAUUACGCACGACGCGGCGGAUUGUGACGCGUUUCGGUGCAAACUGAAGCGAUGGGUUACUCAGUCAGCCUACUUUUAGUCCUGUCAGCCUUCUCGUCCCUGUCCACAGGACUGUUCCCGACAGCGUACAUGAUCAAAGAAUGGGUGGACCAGAUGCAGAAAGAGUUGGUCACACUAAUCGAAGAUGGCAGCAACAUGCAGCAGCUAAUACAGAUAUAUCACAAUCACAAAACGCACUUCAGCGUGGAGACCAACAACGCAGCGGAGCUGGUGGCGACGGCUGCAGGGAACAUCGAGAAGCUGCUGGAGAACCGAUCGGAAGCCCUGAAGAGAUUGGCGAAGGAGGCAGAGAAGUUUCAGAAGGACCACGAGUGGCGGGUCGACAGCGAGGUAGAUAAAAUUGUUUACUACAAUGCCAAAGAUGAUCUUAAUCAAACUGAUAAGAAGAACCGGUAUGUUCCAGAGGACUUCCACGUAGACCCUGACUUCAAACGACUCGUCUCUUACAACACAACCGCCGUCCACAUCCCGACGGACAUUUAUGAAGGCUCCACCAUAAUUUUAAACGAGCUUAACUGGACAGAAGCCUUGGAAGAUGUUUUUCGGAAAAACAAAGAGGAAGAUCCUUCACUCCUCUGGCAGGUGUUUGGCUCGGCUACGGGACUGACUCGUUACUAUCCAGCGUCCCCUUGGAUCGACGUGAGCAAUUCAGCCGAUAACAUCGACCUUUAUGAUGUGCGCAGGCGACCGUGGUACAUUCAGGGAGCAGCAUCACCAAAGGACAUGCUGAUCCUGGUGGAUGCGAGUGGCAGCGUAUCCGGUCUUACUCUGAAACUCAUCAAAACGUCGGUUGGCGAGAUGCUAGAGACCCUCUCUGAUGACGACUUCGUAAACGUGGUCUAUUUCAACGACAAGGCGCACUACGCGGCAUGCUUCGAGAACCUGGUGCAGGCCAACGUGCGGAACAAGCGCAUCCUGAAGGACGCCGUGCAGGGCAUCUUGGCCAAGGGCAUCACCAACUACAGGGGCGGCUUUGAGCUGGCGUUCCAGCAGCUCGCACAGAUGAACGUGUCGAGGGCCAACUGCAACAAGAUUAUCAUGCUCUUCACCGACGGAGGAGAAGAAAGGGCCGAGGAGAUCUUUGAGAAAUACAACCCCAAACAGGCGGUGCGCAUCUUUACGUUUUCAGUGGGUCAGCACAAUUACGACAAAGGACCAAUACAGUGGAUGGCCUGCAAGAAUAAAGGGUAUUACUAUGAGAUCCCAUCAAUAGGUGCCAUCAGACUCAAUACUCAGGAGUACCUGGACGUGUUGGGUAGGCCGAUGGUCAAAGCCGACAAGAUGCCAAAGCAGGUGCAGUGGACCAACGUGUACCUGGAUGCGCUGGAACUUGGGUUGGUGAUCACCGGAACUGUUCCCGUGUUUAACAAGACCAGCACUGGGUCAAAGAAAUCUCAAAACCAGCUCAUCUUGGGUGUUAUGGCGAUUGACGUCUCCCUGGAGGAUAUCAAGAGACUGACGCCUCGGUUUUCAUUUGGACCAAACGGCUACUACUUUGCCAUCGACCCCAACGGAUACGUGCUGCUCCACCCGAACCUCCAGCCUCUGACCGCCAAGUUUGACGAACCCGUAACGUUGGACUUCCUGGACGCAGAGAUGGAAAAUGACAUCAAAGUGGAGAUAAGACGACAAAUGAUCGAUGGUAAAACAGGAAAUUACACCAUAAAUACACUGCUGAAAUCCCAAGAUGAGCGCUACAUGGACCAAGGACCGAGGUCAUACACCUUUACAUCAGUAACGGGGACAGAUUACAGUUUAGCCCUGGUCCUUCCAGAGUACAGUCUUCAUUACAUCCGGGCUACAAUCGGCGACACGAUCACCCAAGCAAAAUUUUCUGAAAGCCUGAUGGCAGACAAGUUUGAUGAAUACGGCUAUACAUUCAUUGCACCAAGGGCGUACUGUAAGGACUUAAAGCCACCUAACAAGGACAAAAACAACAUCGAGUUCCUCAUGGAGUUCAACAACUACAUUGACACGAAGACACCAAAUAACCCCAUGUGUAAUGUGGAGCUGGUGAACCGACUCCUUUUGGACGCAGGCAUCACCUCGGAUCUAAUCAAACUUUGGAAAGGAAAUGAGCUGCCGCCUGCAGUCUCAGCCAGAUUUGUUGCCACCGACGGAGGGAUCACACGGGUCUACCCCAAAAGUGCUGGUCUGUCCUGGAAGGAAGAACCAGAAACCUAUGAAUCGAGUUUCUACAAGCGCAGUCUGGACAACGAUCUGUACAUCUUCACUCCAACACCCUACCUCAUUAACUCAACCGAAGACUCCAUCCUGGUGAGCAGAGCCGUCGACAUCCAGAUUAACGGGAUUAACCUCAAACCAGCUGUGGUCGGCGUGAAACUGGACAUCAGUUCUUGGAUGGCGAGCUUCAUCAACACCACGCAGAGGACCAACUGCAAUGAUGAGAUCUGUGGCUGUCAGCGAAACGACGAGUAUGUAGACUGUGUCAUCCUGGAUGACGGCGGCUUCCUGGUGAUGUCCAAUCGAGAUGAAUAUGUGGAUAAGAUCGGCCAGUUCUUCGGCGUUAUUGAUCCCAUGCUGAUGAUAAACCUGGUCAACGCGUCCCUGUUUACCUUCAAGAAGACUUUUGACUACCAGUCGCUCUGUGGCCCUAAAAACGGGACUAAAGGGGCUGCAGGCCCGCGGUCCGUCUACGUGCCCACAAUCGCAGACAUUUUGAAUUUAGGGUGGUGGGCAACAGCAGCAGCCUGGUCAAUACUUCAACAGCUUCUGGUCAGCAUCACAUUCUCAAAUUUCCUGGAAGCAGCUGACAUGGACGAUGACCUGUCAGACGCCAUGCUUAAAGAAGUCUGCAUCACAGAGCAAACACAGUACUUUUUUGAGAACAGCAACCGAUCUUUCAGAGGAACAAUCGAAUGUGAAAAUUGCUCCAGGAUGUACCAUGCUGAAAAGGUGCCCAAGACCAACCUGGUCUUUAUCAUUUCUGAUGCCAAACACACCCCUCAGUGCCCGCCCUGUAAUGGCAAACCAUUAAUACAGGAUGAGCAGCAGUCUGACGGUCCUAAUCCCUGUGAACUGGCUCAGAAUCCACGUUACAGAAAAGGCCCGGCAACCUGUUUCGACAACAAUGAAAACGAGAAGGACCCUGACUGUGGUGGGGCGUCCAGCCUGAGUCCCUCUCUUUGGCUAAUGGCCGCCCUCCAGCUGGUGCUGUUCUACAUUGCAACUGGCUCCAGGCACCCUGUCGUCCCCUCAUGACCGUCCGGCUCAUACCCACAAGCCCACUCUGUGACUCUCCAACAUGGUACCCGGCAUGCAAUGCUGCCACCUAAAUGACGACCGGCCAAAGAGAAAUGCUUGUACCAAGAACCCGCGAGCCCCUCAUCCUGCCAGCUCUCUUCAUCUUCAGCAUUUCUUCAAAGGGGUUUCACCAGGAGUGAGGGUACAAGUUAGACAAGCUACAGAUAAUCCAUUUGAACACACAGGAACCUGACAUGUUUCCUCUCUGUCCCCUCCAUUGGUCUACACCAGCUGAGAUUAGAAGAAUCCACUGGUUUCAUCCUCUGGCUCAAUGUCACUGAGGAUGGAGAGAUGCCACGCAUGUAGCGUGUCUGAUAUAUAUUGAAAACUUUGAGUGGUUUUCUUCAGCACUGCCAGAAACGGUGUCUUUUUUUCCCACAAGCGUGCAGUUUAAUCUGAAUGGCUUUGCAGUGGCAUGUUUGUAGGUAUUUACUGCUUUGAAGUGGAGAACCCAGCUGUGCAGUAAGAGAUGCCAAAACGUGACAUCAAAGCUCUUAGCUUUCAUCUGUCUUUUAAUUGUUGUUAAGUAUGUGUGUCUAAUCUUUAGAUUGCACACCAUCUGAAAGUUUGUAGGAUGUCAUUAACUUCAUCCGGUGUCGCAGGCCGAACGGUCCCCCCUAAAAAUCAGUCUGACCUGCCUUCGCUGCGCAUGCGUCAUUAGCCGUGGCUCACAGAUUAUCACCUUGUUUCUGCUUCAGACUGCACUCCAGUCAUCAUCUGUCUCACCGGCAGAUAUCUGAAGCUUUUGUAUAGCAAUAAUUUCAACAUAAAUUCAGCAUUAUUUCAUCAUAAAAGACAGAUGAAGCGAUCACAGCGCAGCAGCUACAUGAACUGCUAGCUGAUGUGUUCACUGUGCGUGGGUCAUUUCAAAGCGUCACCAAGUUUUACCUCGUUUCUGCUUAAAACUGACUUUAGAAUAAU